AUGUCGGUUUCCCCGGACGUUAUCGCCAAGAUUGAGGAGGGCUAUGCCAAGCUCCAGGUAUGUUGAUCGUCCCCUCACUACUCGCAUUCCUUUCACACCUUAUCAUCUUCCAGGCUGCCCCGGAGUGCCACUCCCUUCUCAAGAAGUACCUGACCAAGGAGGUCGUCGACCAGCUCAAGGACAAGAAGACCAAGCUUGGAGCCACCCUCCUCGACGUCAUCCAAUCCGGAGUUGCCAACUUGGACUCGGGAGUCGGAGUCUACGCCCCGGACGCUGAGGCCUACACCCUCUUCAAGCCACUCUUCGACCCACUGAUCCAGGUACGUUCCCAACGAUGAUGGCCUGGGAAGCGGGGACAUAAAAGAGCGGAGAAUAUGCAAAAAAGGGAACACGGGCACUCAAAGCAUCUCUCAUUUCUCUGCCCUUUCCGAGCGAGGUGCCGCUCUCUUUUGUCAGUUUAAUGUCAUUCGAAUAGCCUACGUGCCGCCUUGCACGCCAGAAUUGAUGAAAAAAAUAGCGGCCUGUAAUGGAGUGGCACUAGCAAAGAGAAAGCGAAUGCGCAAUACGAAAUGGGAUUACUAGCGCUGUGAGUGGUCUCUCCACGAGUAACGAACUAUCGGCGCCCGCGUUUUGAUGACCAUCUGCCUGAUCGCAAACAGAAUCACCGACAACAGAUGGAAUUUACAGGACUACCACAACGGAUUCGCCCCGUCUGCCAAGCAGCCGAACACCGACCUCGGAGAGGGAAAGACCGCCGCUCUUGUCGAUCUUGACCCGGAGGGCAAGUUCAUCAACUCGACGAGAAUCCGCUGCGGACGUUCCCUCCAGGGAUACCCGUUCAACCCAUGCCUCACCGAGGCCAACUACCUCGAGAUGGAGAACAAGGUGAAGGGAGUGUUCAACAACAUCACCGACCCAGAGCUCGCCGGACACUACUUCCCACUUGACGGAAUGACCAAGGAAGUCCAGGACCAGCUCAUCAAGGACCACUUCUUGUUCAAGGAGGGAGACAGGUAAAAAGACUAUCCCAGGGAAGACUGUGACCUGAACCGAUGCUUUUCCAGAUUCCUCCAGGCCGCCAACGCUUGCCGUUACUGGCCAAAGGGACGUGGAAUCUUCCACAACAACCAGAAGACUUUCCUCAUCUGGUGCAACGAGGAGGACCAUCUCCGCAUCAUCUCCAUGCAGGAGGGAGGAAACGUCGGACAGGUCCUGGAGCGCCUCAUCAAGGGAGUCAAGACCAUCGAGAAGCAGGCUCCGUUCUCGCGCGACGACCGUCUCGGAUGGCUCACCUUCUGCCCAUCCAACCUCGGAACCACCGUCCGUGCCUCCGUCCACAUCCGUCUGCCAAAGAUCUCGGCCAAGCCAGACUUCAAGUCGAUCUGCGACGGACUCAAGCUCCAGAUCCGUGGAAUCCACGGAGAGCACUCCGACUCUGAGGGUGGAGUCUACGACAUCUCCAACAAGGCUCGUCUUGGACUCACCGAGUUCGAGGCCGUCAAGCAAAUGUACGACGGAAUCGCCCACCUCAUCGCCCUCGAGAAGGCCGCUUAA